GCUUAUGCAACGGGGUCGGGGGAAGGAUAGAACUGUUGACUGCACGGAGGUCAACGACCGGGACAGUAUCACUUCCUCACUCGACCGGCUGUCAGACCCCAAUGAUCAACCGCAUCCGGAUGCCACUGGAAAGAAGGCGUCGGACCCAGGUCCAUUGAGGGAUCUUGACGCCAGACAUACAAUGAGCAGUGUUCGCUUUUCACGGGAGACCAUCCGCAUUCUCAAAGCCUGGCUCCGUCAACACGAUGAGCACCCGUAUCCCACUGAGGGAGAUAUGAGCGACCUGAUGCUACAGACCGGGCUGAAAGCGACUCAAAUCCGGACCUGGUUUGCCAACGCCCGGCGCCGGGCCAAGGGCCGCUCUGCUCCGCCACGUAACCCUAGCCCCAGCCCCCCAGGCGCUAUCAACAUCCCCAGCCAGCACAGUGUCUCCCUGAUGACGCCCCUCGAGCGUUGGCGAUACUCGCCUCCCGAAAACGAGCCGGCGGCAACCAUCAACAUUAUCCGCGCUAUAUCAGAGCAUCCUCGGGAUCCUUGUCACAGUCUGCCCCAUCAUGAGAGUCGAAAGAGCCUACCAUCGGAACAUGCAUACGACCAGAACUCGAGUUGUGAUAUGUCGGGUGUCCUUCCGGCGCCAUCAGUGAGCAGCUUCGACACGGAGAGAUCAUCCGCUUCGAAUCGUUCUUCUUCCACAGCUGCAUUUUCCCACGGUUCUUCCUCCGGAGAUCGAAAACACCACCGCCGCCAACGCCGUCGCAAACCCGCCCGUUUGGCCAACUCCUUUGCUCAGCGUAAGGCUAGGAGUUCUCGCAUGUUUCAAUGCACCUUUUGUACCGACACCUUUGCCACCAAGUAUGAUUGGCAGCGGCAUGAGAAAUCCUUGCAUCUUCCGCUCGAAACAUGGAGUUGUUCGCCUCUAGGAGGCGUCUUCCCAUUCAAUGGGGCGAUGGUGUGCGCCUUCUGUCGAACACCUCAUCCGGAUGAGGACCAUCUAGACUCACACAACUACUUCUCAUGCCAGGAGAAGGACCCCCGGGAACGGACUUUUUAUCGGAAAGAUCACCUCAACCAGCAUUUGCGAUAUAUGCAUGGAGUCCGGUUUGAUUCCUCGAUGGACAGCUGGAAGAGUACUCUACGAGAGCACAAGUCGCGAAGUGGCUUCUGCAGCGCCAACUUCUCCACCUGGGACGAGCGGUUCGCUCAUCUCGCGGAGCAUUUCAAGGCGGGCGCAAACAUGUGGCACUGGCAAGGCGACUGGGGAUUCGAGCCAGCCGUACAAAACCGAGUGGCAAACGCCAUGCCACCGUAUUUAAUUGGACAAGAACGCUUGACCAUGAAUCCUUUCACUGCCGCUGCGACCAAUGAUUUGGAACAUAGUACGGAGAUCAACGAGCCCGCCCUUCGAUACCAGGAUGAUGCCAACUCCUGGCGUCGUUUACAACAAGAACUCACAGCCUACAUCCAGCAGCAAUUGACGGUUGGUAAUGUCCCCACCGAUUUAAUGCUGCAGGACCAUGCGCGCGUCGUCAUUUACGGCUGCGAUGAUCCGUGGAAUCAGACUUGUGCCGAUAAUCCCGUCUGGCUGAGCAUUCUCAAGCGAGAUAAUGGCAUUGAGACCAUGCCGGACUCUGAACUCAUCCAGCUGGAUAACCUGGGCAUGCAACCGCCGUUCGCUCUUAACGGUGGUCUGCAACUGCCUCCGCUGGAGACGAACGUCAUGGCGCGAACGAUCUACAGUCGUGAAUUACGGAAACUUCACUCUUCGGGCUGGGAGGCGGAGACUUCGGUGUGUCAGAGCGGGCCGACCGGGACGGAGAACCUUGCGAGUAGUUAUGCCGAGAGCAGUGAAUAUGCGUCCGCGGCGUCGGUGCCCAGUCUCUCCACGGAUUGGGAUACCCAGCUAUCGGCUAUGCACUCGGCAUCGUCAAUCUCCGAGGAUCCCGUGGUCUCCGAUCGGGGUGAAUCACAGUCCUUGCUAGGCAUGAACAGCACUGGCCAAAGCCAUAUAUUCGGAGGAAAAGGUUGGGAUCCGGGACUCAGCCUGGAUGGGACGGGCAUUGAAUAUUAUUAG